AUGGCCCGACAGUGUUUCACUGCUAAGCUGUGGGUGGAGGAACAGUCGAUGGUGUCCCAACUUGAACUCCCAAUAGGUUUGGACGCUCGUGAUGAUCUGGCCGGAGAACAUACUCGACCGUCCGAGAAUCUAGUGGAGAUCCUUCUGAGGAAGGAAAAUUCUCAUCAAACUAUGAAAAUUGGGUCAUCCAUAGAUCAGGUAACCAAAGCUCGACUAAUUGCUUUUUUGCAGGAAAAUGCGGAUCUGUUUGUUUGGACGGUAGUGGAUAUGUCUGGGAAGACCCAGAGGAUGAUUCUUUUUGGGCUAAAGAAUGGUGGGGCAACAUAUCAGCGACUGGUGAAUAAGAUAUUCAAAGAUCAAAUUAAUCGCAACAUGAAGAUUUAUGUGGAUGAUAUGUUGAUGCAGUUGAAUCACACAAAACGUGCCUUCGGAGUUAGCUUUGGAAAGUUCCUCAGAUUUAUAGUCUCCCGACGAGGAAUUGAGGUGAAUCCAGAGAAGAUUAAGGCGAUUCUGGAGAUGUCCCCAUCAAGAAAUACGAUUGAGUGUCAGAAAGCAUUUGAGGAGUUGAAGCAGUAUCUUAACUUGGCACCCUUGCUUAUAAAGCCCCAACUUGGAGAAGAAUUAUUGCUCUACCUUGUCGUAUCUUUGUCAGCAAUUAGUUCGGUUCUUAUCCGGGAAGGGCGAAUCCAAAAAUCAGUGUAUUACUCAAGUAAGGUCCUUCAAGAUACUGAGAUCAGCCGAUCAAGGCAGUCCUUCACCGUCCGGACAUGUCGGGACGUGUUGCAAAAUGGGCCUUACAACUCUGAGUUCGACAUUAAGUUCCAUCCAAGGCCUUCAAUAAAGGCUCAAGUCUUGGUAGACUUCAUCCUUGAGUGCACCAUCCCUGAUGAGGAGGGUUCAGAGGCUGUAGAGAGUAGCUCAACAGUGCUAGAGGAACAAAUAAAUAUGAAUCUUGAUCUUGAAGAUCAGUGGAUUCUUCAUGUGGAUGGAUCUUCCAAUUCAUCGGGAUCAGGAGUCGGGGUCAUCUUAACCGGGUCGGAAGGUGAUGUGGCAGAGUAUGCUCUAUGGUCUUCAGUGACUCAACUGGUGACGGGGCAAGUCAAGGACGAAUAUGAAGCUCGAGAGAAAAACAUGAAGAGGUACCUCGAAAAGGUACUUCGGACACAAAAUACACGGGUGGAUGCGCUGUCAAAGCUAGCAGUCUUUCUACCAUCCGAAUUUCAAAAAGGAACUUACAUCGAGAUUGAAGAAGAGCCUUAUUGGAUUGAUCCCUUGCUGAAGUACCUUAGAUUGGACGAAUUACCAUCUGACAGUUGGGAAGCUUGGAAAAUCCGCAAGCAGGCUGUCCGCUAUGUGCUUCAUGAUGACAAGUUGUAUAAGCGAUCCUUCUUUCUCCCACUUCUGAGAUGUUUGCGAUCGUCCAAAGCAGACUAUGCACUAAGAGAGGUCCACAAGGAGAUUUAUGAAAAUCAUUUGGGCAUAAAGAUUCUUUCUUACAAAAUCCUCCAGCAAGGUUAUUAUUGGCCUUUGAUGCAAAAGAAUGCCUCCGAUUUUGUCAGGUGUGAUCGCUGCCAGAAAAUUUUCAAUGUUCAGCAUCAACCAGCAGUGCCCCUUCUAUCGUCGCUCUAUGACCUUUCGCUUAGUGGGGAAUGGACAUCUUGGGUUUCUUUCCUCAAGCCUCAGACAGUUCAGCGGCUUUCGACUUUUGAGAAUUCUGUGAAGAUCUUGAAAUUGAACAAUGCUUCACCUCAGUCGGACACCCACAGGCAAAUGGGGAGGUCGAAGUAA